CCGAGACCUCUGUACGACGAUGCGGCUGGUCCCGCUAGGGCAUCCCCCAUGGUGGAGAAGGAACAACUGGUUCCCCGCGCAGCCGCUUUGGCUCAAUAGGUCACGUUCGCCCCAUCAGUCACUAACGUAGUCUGAUCGCGGCAGCAGGAUGGCUGCAUUCAAGUUCGCGGCCCUUCUGCUGGUCGCAUGUCCGGCCACUGGGCAGGCCGCCUCCCUGCGGUCGAACGCGAGGGCAGCCGCUAAUCCGGUGCGCAGGGUUGUUUCGAUGCUGCAGUCGAUGCAGAAGAAGGUUGAGGCCGAAGGCGAAAAGGAGGAGGAGAUGUACAAGAAAUUCUCCUGCUACUGCAAGACGGGGGCCGCAGAUCUCGCUGCAAGCAUCUCCGCUGCGGGCACGACGGGCACCCAGCUUGGCUCCGACUUGAAGGCAGCGGAGGAGCAGCUCUCCCAGGUGAAGCAGGGGCUGAAGGAAGCGCAGACGGAGCGCGCUGAAGCCAAGACGGCCGUCGCCACCGCGACCUCGAUCCGCGGGAGGGACGCUGCGAAAUUCGCGGCCACAAAGUCAGAGCUCGAGAGCUACAUUUCUGCCAUCAAGCAGGCAGUCGCCGCGCUGACUAAAGGAAUGGCGGGUGGAUUUCUGCAGACUACGUCGGCAAGCCUGUUGCGCAACAUCGUCUUGACCAAGGGAGACGCUAUCCAAGACGACGACCGCGAGGUGCUCCUCUCAUUCCUGUCUGGGAAGGGCAGCUCCGCGUACGUGCCCCAGAGCGGGGAGGUGACCGGAAUUCUGAAGGAAAUGGGCGACAGUUUCUCGAAGAGCUUGGCAGACGCUUCUGACAUGGAGGCCAACGCAAUCAAGGAAUUCGAGGCCGUGGUCGCUGCAAAGGCCAAAGAGAUCGACGCGCUGACACUGUCCGUCGAGGCCAAGACCUCGAAGAGCGGGUCGCUGGGCGUGACCAUCGUCCAGAUGAAGAAUGAUUUGAGCGAGUCAGAAACUGCGUUGCUCGAAGAUCAGAAGCUCCUCCAAGAGUUGGAAUCGGGCUGCUCUACGAAGGACAAGGAUUACGAGGAACGCGUGAAGACGCGUCACGAUGAGCUCGCCGCCCUCACUGAGACCAUCAAGAUUCUGAAUGACGACGAUGCGCUGGAGCUGUUCAAUCCAAAGACACUCCCGGUGCCCAGUGCGAGCUUGAUGCAGGUCGCGGUCACGACCACCAGCCAGCGCGCGCGCGCCGUGGCCCUGGUCCAGCAAGCGCAGCUGAAGAGCGAGGCGGACCACGCCCGCCUCGGCUUCCUGGUGCUGGCACUCCGAGGAAAGAAGGUCGGGUUCGAGGUUGUGAUCAAGAUGAUCGACGAUAUGGUCGUUCUGCUCAAGAAAGAGCAGGCCGAUGACGCGGAGAAGAAGGAGUACUGUGGCUCGCAGUUUGAUUCCACAGAGGACAAGAAGAAGUCGCUGACACGCGAAGCGUCGGACCUCGCGACUGCCAUCGCGAGCACGAAGGAGAGCAUCAGCAGCGCCGCGGAGGACAUCUCGGCGCUGGAGACCGGCAUCGCGGCCCUCGACAAGAGCGUCGCGGAGGCGACGGCGCUGCGGAAGGGCGAGCACGAGGAGUACAAGGCGCUGAUGGCCGCAGACGGCGCCGCGAAGGAACUGCUCCUGUUCGCCAGGAUCGGGCCGGCCCGGGCGGCGGAUCCUAAGCUGUACAACCCGCCGGCCAAGGUCGAGCUCUCCGCCCAGGGCGCCAUCGAGCGCGACAUGGGCAGCUCGGCGGCGCUGGUGCAGGUGUCCGAGCGCGCGCAGCGCACGAGCGCUGGCGCACCGCCGCCAGAGACCUGGAGCGCGUACGCGAAGAAGUCCGAGGAGAGUGCUGGGGUCAUCGCCAUGAUGGACCUGCUGAUCAGCGAUCUCGACAAGGAGAUGACCGAGGCCGAGACAGAGGAGAAGGACUCGCAGGAGGACUAUGACAGGACGAUCGCGGGCGCGAAGGACAAGCGCACGACCGACUCCAAGACGCUGACGUCCAAGGCCGCCGAGAAGGCAGACUUGGAGAGCGACCUGCAGGCGGCCAAGGACGACAGCGCCAGCACCGCCAAGGCGCUCAUGGCAACGGACAAGUACCUCUCCCAACUCCAUGCCGAAUGCGAUUGGCUUAUCCACACGGUGGCGGACUUCGAUGCAAGGAAGGAGGCGCGCAGUGGCGAGAUCGACGCGCUCGGAAAGGCCAAGGCUGUGCUGAGCGGCGCCGACUACUCGCUGCUGUAAGUGGGCCGCCAUUUCGGCAGCGCCGCAGUCGAGUGAUGGGUACAAGGCCACAGAGGAUGGCGAUUAGGACGGACGAGAAGGGAGGAGGGUAGAAGGAGUGUAACGCUCGGUGAUAGAGCUUGUGCUUGUCGUCCUUCGUGCCCAAA